AUGCCUAAAUCAGAAAUGUUGAAGAAGCAAAAGAUCGAAGGAGUUGAUCCGGCGGUGGUGUCUGUUCAGGAGGCGGACUCGGACUCGGACUCGCCCUCCGAUUUGGAACCGCGUUCCGGUGAAGAGAUGGAUUAUUCCUCCUCCUCCGAGGAUCCAGAGGUGGUUGCACUGCGAGUGAAACAGCAAAUUGCCUCGGUUGCGGAAGAAGCUCUGAAGCACUACAACUACAACCACCAGGGUGUAGAGUACGUGCUUGUGAAUUUCAUACUCAUCAAGGAUGUUCUUAUUCCUUCUGGAAUGUUCACCCACUCCAUGUUCACUGCUACGAAUCUCGUCUCGUCCUCCUCCUCCUCCAUGGAAAGCAGCCCUCCCACUCCUAAGACGGUCGUCAUCGAUAAUAACGAUGGGUGCUCCUCCUCCUCCAUGGAGAGGACUCCUCCUACUCCUAAGAUGGUCAUUGUCAAUAAUGAUAGUGGCUCCUCGUCUUCUUCCUCUAUCCCCAUCGAAAGCACCCCUCCAACACCUCCUAAUACUGAACUGUUCUUUGCUGAGACAGCCCUAUACGAGGGCCAGGGGAUGAAGCUCACUGUACAUUCUUGCGUCAUCAUAGAUCCUUCUGGACCUGUUCCUCCCAAAAUUGGUUGCCACUAUUGUUCGACGUUCACCAAGCAACCUUUCUACCAUCCUCCCGAGGAGCAGUUGGAGUUUGGUAAGCGUAAUUGUAAGAAAGGUCUCAACUGCCACGAUGACAUAUUGACCUCCUCAGACGAAGAAUAUGACGUGCCCUGUUUGGUUCCUCCUCAUCUUCGAAGUAGAAAAAUUUAG